AUGAAUUUUACCAGGGUCACCUUCCCUUCUAAUGAUAUUAAUAUUGUUGGCAACCUUUUUGCCCCUGCACUGAAAUCCCCCGAUCGCCGUGGUGCCGCCAUUGUCGUCGGCCAUCCCUACACCGGCGUGAAGGAGCAGGUUGCUACCUUUUACGCCGAGUACCUCGCCAAAGAAGGCUUUUACGCGCUGGUAUUCGAUGCUGCCUACCAAGGGGAGAGUGACGGUGCGCCUCGUGCCUUGGAGAACCCUGCGCAACGUGUUGAGGACUUCAAGAGUGCCGUGACUUACCUUACCACUCUCACGGACCGGGUCGAUCCUCAGCGGAUCGGCGCGGUGGGCGUGUGUGGUGGUGGCGGCUAUCUAUGCGCGGCCGCUCAGAGCGAUGUCCGGAUCAAGGCCGUGGUGCCUAUCGUGCCCUUCUGUGUCGGCUAUGCGGUCCGUCAUAAUGGUCCGAACGAGGACGAUCCGUUCAACCCGGAGGCGAUCGGGGCAGCGCUCCAGCUCAGUGCCGGCGCCCGCACGAGUUUGGCCCACGGCAAGUCGGUCGAACCCAUCGCGAUUCUCCCCAACUCACCCGCCGAAUGCCCCCCAGAAUUCAACAGCUUUAUGCGCGAGGGGACCACCUAUUACAAAACAAAGCGUGGUUUCCACGAGCGAGCCACCGGCAACGUUCAUCCGCAGAGCUUUGAUUACAUAGUGAACUAUGAGUCUUUUCGCUUCAACCACCUCAUUGCCCCGCGUCCGAUCCUUGUCAUUGGCGGCGAGAAAGCUGAGACUCUGCACUUUGCCAGGGACGCUUACGAGCGCGCGCAGGAGCCCAGAGAGCUGGUUGUGGUUAAAGAGAAAACCCAUUUUGAUCUGUAUGACGAUGCUUCGGAGGCUGGUCCCAAGAUAGUGGAGUUCCUGGCAAAGAAUCUCUCAAGUUGA